UUAAAAAUAACCUUUUGGAAUGUUGCGGGUAUUAGGAAUUUAGAGGAAGAAUGGGAAAAACUACUGGAGUAUGACGUAAUAAAUUUAACAGAGACUUGGGCGGACGAAAAAGACAGAGAAUUAAUAGAAAAUAAAUUGAUAAAUUACAAUAUUUUACUGGUUGAAGCAAGAAGGGAAGGGAAAAGGGGAAGGCUAAAAGGAGGAAUGGUCACGGCAUUUAGCAAAUCCCUAAAUGUAAAGUCUACAAUAAUAGAAAAGUUAAAUGAGGAACUAAUCAAACUAGAUUUAAACACAGACAAAGGAAAACUUAUGAUCUUAAGCGUAUACAUGAGAGAUAGAAGGAGUGAAAACUAUGAAAAAGUAGGAAAAAUAUUAGAAGAUAUCAAGGAAGGAUACAUAAUAAUGGGAGGAGAUUUUAACGCAAGAACAGCAAAUAAAGGUGGAAGAGAGAGUGAAAUGAUGACAGAAGAAUAUAGGCUAUCGAAAGAUAAGGUUGUAAAUAAAGAAGGAGAGGUACUACUGAAUUGGGUUUCAGAUAAUGGAAUGUACAUCCUAAAUGGAAACGUAAGAGGCGAUGAACAAGGGGAAUUAACCUACAUAGGAACUAAAGGAAGGUCAGUAAUAGAUUACGUAAUUACUAAUAGGAAAACUGAAGAAGAUCUGAUAGAGAGAAUGCAGGUAGUGGAUAACAAUGAGUCAGACCAUCAAAGAUUAGACUUGCAAUUAAAUAUUUUAACGAAAAAGGUACAUGAAAAAGGAUCUAAAUACAAAACAAUAAUCUACGAAGGAUGGUCGGAGGAGGAUAUUUUAAAUUACAACAAUAAGUUAAAAGAAUUAGGAAGACCAGAAAAUUGGAACGGACUCAGAGAAAAGCUAAAAGCAGCGGUAUGUAUAAAGGAAAUAAGGAUUAAUACAAGUAUCCAGAAAAAGAAAUGGUGGGAUCAAGAAUGUCACGCAGCAAAACUAGAGUUAAAGAAGACAAGGAAAAAAUAUAUAGAAACAGGUGAACUGAAAACAGAUUACUGUGAAUGUAAAAAGAAAUACAAAAAAAUAAUUGAGGAUAAGAAACGACUGACAUUGGAGAAAGACUGGUCAGAAGCAAGAAAGGACAAAACGGGAAAGAAGUUCUGGGAGUUAAUAAACAAACAAAGAACAAAAAAAGAAGAGAUAAGUAAAAAAAUACAUAUGGUUGAAUGGACUGAGCACUUUGCUAAACAAAUGGGAGGAAAAGUAGUAGAAGAAACAAGACAGCUGGGUAAAGAAGAGAAAAUAGAAAAAAAUGAAGAUCAAGAAAUAACGCAAGAGGAAGUAGAACAAGUAAUAAAGAAGCUGAAAAAGAAAAAGGCGGCUGGAGAAGAUAAAAUCACAAAUGAAGCCUGGAUAUAUGGUGGAAAGGAAUUACAAGAGAACUUGCAAGGAAUACUAAAUAAAAUAUGGAAUGGAGAUGAAGAUCUGCCUGAGGAAUGGAAAAUGGGAAUAAUAAAACCAAUUUUCAAGAAAGGAGAUAGACAUAAACCGGAAAACUACAGAGGAAUAACUCUUAUGAACACAGGAUAUAAAAUUUACGCGGAAAUACUUAGGAAAAGAUUAGAAAAGGAAAAAUAAAGGAACUAUUGACGCAAUAUACAUAGUUAAAACGGCCAUCGAAGAAGAAAUAAAGAAAGAAAAAGGUGAAAUUUUCCUCUUCUUUGCAGACAUGAAAGGAGCUUUCGAUAAGCUUAAAAGAGAUACGAUAUGGAAGACCUUAGAAGAGCUAAAUAUAGAAAACAAAUUAAAAGAGAGGAUAAGAGAAAUUUAUGAGGAAACUUACUUUAAGAUAGAAGUUAAUGGGGAAAAAUCAAAGAUUAUAUCAAUGAGAGAAGGCAUAAGACAGGGGUGUCCACUGAGCACAGUACUUUUUAAUGCAACAUUUGCAAACUUAGAGAAGAAAAUGAGCACAGCGCAAGAAGGAGGUAUAGUAAUCGGUAGAAAAAAAAUUUGGUCAGUGUCAUAUGCAGAUGACAUAGUUUUAUUAGCGAAUAAUGAAAGAGGAA